AUUGACAAGUGUACAACAUUGUGAGUUACGUGAGUAAACUACUCCCAUGUCAUGUGGUUUGAAUUGAAGUGGGAGAUGAGAUGAGAUGACAACAAAGUCCUAAACAGUCGCAGCGUCUUCUUCUUCUUCUUCUUCUUCUACAACUAACUACUCGUCACGUCACUCUGAAACAAACGACAACAUUCAUAUUCAUCCAUGGAAACUAAGCUAUUAGAUCCUCCUAUUCUUUCUCUUCAUUUUCCCUCUGUUUCUUCAUCCACCCCAAAUUUCACACGCACAUUCUUCCCCUUUCCUCUUCGUAAUAAUCAUCAUUCUCUUAAACUACUCGCUCACAAUUCACACACCGAUCCCAUUCAAGAUAAACAACAAUCUCAAUCUUCAAAACCUAUUUACUCUCCUACACCCCCCAAUCGACAACUUCGAACCCCUCACAGCGGGUAUCACUUUGAUGGAACUGCUCGGAAAUUCUUUGAAGGUUGGUACUUCAAAGUUUCCAUUCCUGAAAGGAGGCAAAGCUUUUGCUUUAUGUAUUCCGUUGAGAAUCCUGCGUUUCCCAAGCAAUUGACGACGUUCGAAUUGGCGCAAUACGGGCCUAGGUUUACUGGCGUUGGGGCACAAAUUCUUGGUGCUGAUGAUAAAUACAUUUGCCAAUACACUCAGGAAUCAAAUAACUUCUGGGGAAGUAGAAAUGAACUGAUGUUGGGCAACACUUUUGCGGCUAAACAAAAUUCUAAACCUCCAAACAAGGAGGUUCCUCCUAAGGAAUUUAAUGAUAGAGUGUUGGAAGGUUUUCAAGUCACUCCCCUUUGGCAUCAAGGUUUCAUUUGCGAUGAUGGAAGGUCGAAUUACGUAGAAACAGUAAAAACGGCUCGCUGGGAGUAUAGUACACGUCCUGUAUAUGGUUGGGGUGAUGUUGGGUCCACUCAGAAGUCAACUGCUGGCUGGCUUGCGGCUUUUCCUGUUUUUGAACCACAUUGGCAAAUAUGCAUGGCCGGUGGACUGUCAACAGGUUGGAUAGAGUGGGAUGGCGAGAGGAUUGAGUUUGAAAAUGCCCCAUCUUAUUCAGAAAAGAACUGGGGUGGAGCAUUCCCGAGAAAAUGGUUUUGGGCUCAAUGUAAUGUUUUUGAAGGUGCUAGUGGAGAAAUUGCACUUACAGCAGCUGGUGGAUUGAGACAAAUUCCUGGAUUAACCGAGACAUUUGAAAAUGCUGCAUUGAUUGGAGUUCAUUAUGGUGGAAAAUUUUAUGAAUUUGUGCCAUGGAAUGGUGUUGUAAGCUGGGAAGUUGCUACAUGGGGUUAUUGGUUUAUGACUGCAGACAAUGGCAAUUAUGUGGUUGAAUUAGAAGCAACAACAGAUGAUCCAGGUACUACAUUGCGUGCUCCAACCUCAGAAGCUGGCCUUUCUCAAGCUUGUAAAGAUACAUGCUUUGGAAUUCUAAAAUUAAAAUUGUGGGAACGAAGAUAUGAUGGCAGCAAGGGAAAGAUCAUAUUGGACGUGACAAGUGACAUGGCAGCUCUAGAAGUCGGAGGAGGUCCAUGGUUUAACACUUGGAAGGGCAAAACAUCAACUCCACCUGUUCUUAGCCGUGCUAUUGGAUUACCUGUAGAUGUAGAUGGCAUCUAUAAUUUGUUUCCUCUGUUUAAACCACCAGGCUUGUAGUAAGUUGUUUUAGUAUCCUUUCCUGUAAAACCUUUUUCUUGGGGCAUGUAAGUGUUCACCGUAAGAACAAAAUUUUGGAAGGGAUUCAUUUCAUAUGAUUAGAAGCGUACAAUGUUUAUACAUAGAAAGAAUGGAAUGAAAAUGAUUGUAUGUUUAGUUGUUUAUA